ACAAGCAAACAAGUCAAAAUUUGACCAUAAAAAAAAACCCUAAUUCCGCACCCAAUUCCCCCAAUUAUCAUCUCGUACACAGUACUCAAAUCAAGAAUCUUUAGUUGCAUAAUCAUCUAAUACUAAAAUGGAAAACAACCCAUCUGCAAAAGAAGAAGUAUCAGCAGCAACAGCAGUGCUACUUGGCGCCUUAGCUCCUGGCGUUAAUGGCCAAACUUGGAAUACACUAAAAGUUGCAUUCUUGAUGUUGGGUGUGUGCCUCGCUGCUAUGCUGGCUUUAGCAUUUUCUGCAAGUGAUUCUGCAUUGAUCAUUCAUGUCACAUUACUUGUUCUUAUUACUGGGACGCUCUUCUUUCUUUUAACGAGCUUUCUUGAACAAACUGGCCUAGUUACAGUUGAAAAUCAAAUGAAGGAGAUGGGCUUAGCGCCAAAAGUUGAUGCAGACAGAAGUCAAUAGAACAAGUGUAGAAGACUCUGCUUUGUUACAACCUUUCAAAAUCAAGACACCAUUACAAGUGUAGGCAAUUUUUUGAAGUAUUAAAGCUCGAAGCAAGACUCACAAACAUUGUUUGAAAUGACAAUUGACAAGUACAUUUAUGGAGAUAGAUGGUUAAAAGAAAGGUAUAGAAUGUUUAGCACUCUGUGGCAGCCUCGGCAGGUCUUAUCCUCAAACCAGGAAAUUAUGAGAUCUUUUAAUCACCUUUUGCCGCCUCCUUUGGUUUUCCCUUCUUGGGCUUCAUGAAGCAGAAACAAGAGCAGCAAGGUAUUUGACACAGGAACUUCAUUUGGUUUCUGGUGAAUUCAAGACUUCAAGAAACCAGUAUUUAAUGAUAAUAGUGCCCUGUUUGUUCCCCUCAUAUUUUGCCUUAGAUUAUUCAUGUGAUUCUAUUCCCAUCUUUACAGAUAAAAAGAUGCUCAACUUGUGUAGAUGAUUAAUACAUUGCAAUUCAUUUUUUC